AUGGAUAAUACUUUGCAACUACAUUCAACACAGUAUACUCCUUUAAGAAAUAAGAGAAGCCGACAUUUACUACAGAGAGAAGAGACGUUAAAUGUUUCGCCUAUUUUGAACGAUACUUCUAUUUUUAAAAACUUAAAUGAUUCGAGUUUACGGCAUGUACUUGAUGAAUCUUCCAUAUUGGCGAAUCCCAGUAGCACGGGAGAUCAUUUGAGCGAAGAAUUCUUCGAGAUAAUACAAAGCAGUAGACCUAGCAGUGUUUUAGAUACAUUAGCAAGGUUAGCUCAGGUAUGUUGUGAUUCGUUAGAGUUAAUCGAGCCAUGGAACAGAUAUAACGUCCACAACUACUGGUUGGCAGAGGAAGCCAACACAUGGAAACUAAUACAUUGCCUGUACGCAGAUUCAAUCUCAGAACAUCCAGAGUCUUUGGAAAAUUUAGUUACUGAAGCAACACUAUCACAGCAGAGCUUAGUGAAUGCUCUAUUUAGAAGUGAUUCUGAACUGAGACUGUUGCAGCUUCUGGUAGACUGGUUGGAAGCAACUGCUGCUUAUCAAGAGGAAGCGACAAAAACUUCAGCACCUGUCAUUGGAAAUAACAUACACUGGGGCAACACUUUACAUGAACUGCUGAUUGGAAAUAGUCUAUUCAACAAAGAAAAAAACAAGUCUCUAGUCACAUGUAUGGAUCCAGAUGCACCAAGAAGACAAAAUAAAUCUAUACACUCUGAUGAUAUGAAAGAUGACAGCGAUUUAUGUAAACGCAUAUUUACUGAAGUCCGUUGUGGUAAAUUUCAAGAAGCAGUCUCAUUAUGCAUAAGUGCUGGUCAAGCAUGGCGAGGAGCAGUACUACAAGGUUGGAAAUUAUUACAUUAUUUGCCCAAAGAUGAUCCAACUGAUCCAUUAGAAAUUCAAGGGAAUCCUUCAAGAGACCUUUGGAAAUGGUGUGCCCUAGGAAUUGCUAAUUGUGCAUCUGAAAAUAUCUACUACAGAGCGACAAUUGGUAUUUUGAGUGGCCACCUGCCUAGUGCACUUCUAGCUUGUCAAGGUAGCUGGGAAGACAUUCUAUGGGCUCAUUUGAAAAUACAAAUAGAAGUUAGAGUUGACAAGUUUCUCCAUGAACAUCAUUUAACUGUUGAUGCUAACACUACACCUUCAGAUGUGCUGGACCUAUUACAAGCUGAAUUUCAAACAGAUGAAAUAUCUUUACAGCAAGUAUUUAGUGCAGUAAAGUCUCUGAUGGAUGGAAAACGUGAAUCGAACUAUCAGUUGUGUCAGCGUUAUUUAAUGCUUGGUCAAGUAAGAACAAUAAUGUUAAAUUCAUUAGAAUGGCUAGAAAAUGCUAAUGAGAGGUUUAUUCGAUUUUUAGCACAUCUCAUAUUAGUAUUGAGACAAAUGGGUAAAGAUCCUCAGCAUGAUGUUGGUGACCAAGUCUUGGAAAAGUAUGUGACAUUACUUACCAUUAGAUUGGUUGAUGGAUCUGUGGAGUCCCCAGAGCUUAUAGCAUAUUACACUUCUACAGUUCCAGCCGAAAAACAAAUCAUUCUGUAUGCAAACUUUAUGGACCAAAUUCACAAAAGUGAUUAUAGGCAAGGUGUUGUAAAAGCUGGGUUGGAUGCUGGAAUCGAUGUUGGUGCAUCAGCUCGCGUGGCUAUUAAGAAAGCUAUUGCAGAUAUACAACAAGGAUAUGGAAAUGUAGAAUUGAACUUCACACAGACAAGUGUUAUAGAAAAGGAUAAAACAUUGAUAUCCAAAGUUAUUUCUUCUUUAGAAUGGUUGGCUUUAGUUGACAAUCAGCUUGAAGAAGCACUAUGGUUGAAUAAUGCAAUGAUCAGAACAUUUAUAUUCAUUGGAAACACUGAUGCUGCCAAUGCAUGUCUGACUAGCUUCAACAAAAUGUUUUCUAACUUUAUAAACACAGUUGAUUCAAGUACCUCUGAACUAAGAGAACAUUUGUGUUUAAAAGCAUACUUGGAUGCUCUCGAGGGAUUUGCAACUUGGUAUAGACAUUUUAUAAGUGGACAACCUAAAGAUGUGCAGCCAUUACCACCAGAUGCAACAUUUUCUGAUAAAGUAUAUCAUGAACAGCAAUGUGCACAAGUUGAAAAGAAGAAAGCAAUAUGGAUUAAUGCAGUUUCACAUCAAUCAAGACAUACCAAAAGCUUACUAUACAAUGUUUUACUGUUUCCAGGAGGUUGGUUGCAAGAUGAGAGUGAUAGUACAUCAUCAGACAAUUUCAACCAGGAAGAGAAAACAGAAAGAUUAAAACAGUUGGACACCCUUAGACGACUUUGUGUGCCAGAAAUUGUGAUUUUAUUACUAAAGAUUUUACAGAGUAAUGAGGAUAUUGAGAGUCACAAGGAAGCCAUUAAAUUGGGCAACUUAAUUGCUGCAGAAAAUAGAGCUCUAUAUCAAGUGUUCAACAGAAGUAAGCUGAUGGAGAUUUUGGAGAGGAUCAAGGAGUCAUCUCUGUUCCUUAUGGAAAAAGGAACAGACAUUUUAGGUUUUGAAAUAAGGGAAUAAAAAUUUAAAAUUGUAAUAUUUUAUUUAAUAAAAAUAAAUCAAGUUCAGAAUAA